CUCCUUUAGCUGAGAUCUUCCAACAGCUUCCUUUGGCUUCAUCUCCUUCACUUCACUUCUACUCCUCUGAGACUUUGACUCACCUCCAUCCAACAAUGGUUGACUGUGGUCCAUCCUGUGCUGUCCCAUCCUGGGCCUCAACCCCCACUGUUGGGUUUGGAUCAGCAGGAGGUCUUGGCUAUGGUGGUCUCGGCUCUGGAUUGGGAGGUCUCGGCUCUGGAUUUGGAGGUCUCGGCUCUGGAUUGGGAGGUCUCGGCUCUGGAUGGGGAGGUCAGGGCUUCGGAUUUGGUGGCCUGGGCUAUGGAUAUGGAGGUGCUGAAAGAGCAAGCAAUCUUGGCAUCCUAGAUGGGAUCAUCCCUAAACCCGUCAACCAGAUCCCACCAGCAGAAGUCGUGAUCCAGCCACCUGCCUCCGUUGUGACCAUCCCAGGGCCCAUCCUCUCUGCCAGCUGUGAGCCUGUGGCUGUUGGAGGCAACACUCCAUGUGCCGUUGGUGGUUCUGGGCUUGUAGGAGGCUAUGGCUACGGGUCAGGUCUCCUUGGAAGCAAUUUUGGUGGCUUCCUUGGAGUCUGA